UUGUGACACCAUGUAAGAAAGAUUUGGUAGACUUGAAUAAAUGCAUUGUCAAUACAUUGGAAACUCUCAGACCCCACUUGGGAGGAGGAAUUCCCAAAUACAAAAUACCUCCUUUAGAUCCCUUCUCACUACCGAGGCUAGAAGUGAACCACUCGUCGGAUUCAUUUACCAUAUACGCGAUACUGAUGACACUAGUAAUAUCAGGAGCAACCAAAGUAACAGUAUCCAAACUAAGUGUAAAUCUUUCGGAUUUGACGGGAUCGGUGAGCAUGGAAUUCCCCGAUUUGAACGUGAGCACAUUAUACGAUAUGGACACAGAUGUAAUGAAUUCCAUGACAUUGAAAGGGGUAGGACAUUGUAAUGCAACCAUUAGUAAUUUAAAAGUAAAUCUAACUGGUCGAGCAGAGUUGACAUCAAAAGAUAUGAAUGGUAAAACUUAUUUGAAAUUAACACAUGUAAAAAUUACUAUGCUUAUUGGAGAUGCAGUGGGGCGACUUGUUGACAGCAGCAACGACGAAGAAAAUAUAAUGUUAACGGAAGCUGCUAACACGUUUUAUGAUAUCAACCGAGCAGAGAUGUUAGAAAUGUUUACCCCGAUAGCUGAAGAGAUAGCAGAAGCUCUAGUAACAGAAUUGGGUGGUCAAGUGCUGUCAUCAUUACCAUAUAAUGAAAUGUUUGUAGAUUGAUAGUAGACUAUGUAGACAUUUAAGUUGUUAUAAAGUUAACCUUAUUAAAUAUAAUAUUUUACUAUAGAAAUAUCACUUACAUUUUUGAUAAUAGUUAAUAAAUCAAAAAAUUAUUUUUAAUGAAAAAUAAUAAUUAAAAAUUAAUUAAUUAUUUCAUCAGAUAAGUAGUUUUUUAUAAUGACUUUUUUAAACUUUUAAGAAUAAAUGUAUUUG